CCAGGCCGGUGAUGAUGUCGUCAGCAACACGGCGCCGUUGCCAAUUGGGUGCCUUGGCUCUACCACAUUAGUGCUUACGACGUUACCACUGCCAGCUCAGAAAACGCAGCCAAAGGGACCUCCUCCAACGACUUGGACAAACCACCUUUCGCUUCACUUUCUCACCAACACAGCACGUUCCAAACCAUGGACAAUAACUCUCCAGCUCUGCAACCCCAGGCUGUGCCUUGGUCACUGUCGACAUGGUGGGAAGAGUCACCUUCCUCAAGCAACACGCUGAUAUCCCGCGCGCCUCUUCCAGACACGAGAUGCGAACAGUGCGAGGCGGCUAUGAACAGCAAACCGAGGCAUCUUUACCCCAAGGCUGUCUUAAGAGUUGCGCGUGCAUCUCCUGAUACCUGCUGGCAAUGCCGCAUUCUUCUGGCACUGGCUGAAAGGAGGCUGGGAAGACUCCUGGGCAAUGACGAAGUGCUUGAAGCCAGGUGUGCGUGGGACAAUCGUCACAAGAUUAUGAUCCUUUAUCUUGGCACUGGAGGUGGAGAGGACGACCGACUUGUCAGUAUCUCUUCGCUUGAUGCUCUUCCAUGUCCCUGGAACACCUUCGACGCCAGACAGCAUACCUCUUCUGUCGCCCCUGCGCUAGCCUCCCACUCUUAUAAGGUAGCCUCCUCCUGGCUCAAAACAUGCGUGACCGACCACCCGGGUUGUCCUGGCAUGGAAGAAACUCUACUCCCGCGCCGAGUCAUCCACAUCGGCGCCAACCAUACCGACAUCCGUCUCGUUGAACACAACUCACCAACUCUGGGCCGGUACAGCUGCCUCAGCCACUGCUGGGGAGGAGCGCAACCGCUAAUUACCACCACCCACAACAUCGCGCAACACCUAGAGCGAAUCGAGUGGAACAGCAUUUCCAAAACCUUUCAAGACGCCAUCAAGUUUACCGCCCAUCUCGGAAUUGCGUACAUCUGGAUUGACUCUCUAUGCAUCAUCCAGGACUCUCCCCAAGACUGGGUAGAGGAGUCGGCCAAGAUGUGUAGCAUCUAUGAGAACGGGCAUCUCACCAUUGCAGCCUCUGCUGCUUCGAAUGGCAGCGGUGGUCUACCAGUUCGCGACUCCUCCGGCUUCGUUCGCCUUAGCGGCACCACAUCCUCUCCUGAAAGCAAACCUUUUGACAUAAUAGGUUACUUCGAGCUAGGCGGCAUAGAGGUACGCGACCACCCCUCCCCAACCAACCGUCGUACGCCUUUGUUUUCCCGUGGUUGGGUCCAUCAAGAAAUGCUCUUGAGUCCGAGGGUGGUUCAUUUUGCCAAGAAAGAGCUGCUGUGGGAGUGUAAGACGGUAGGGACGUGUCAGUGUCCUCAGCCGCCCACAUUUCGAAAAAUCUUCUUCAAGGAGGGGCACUACGAGGCGCUGAAUUCCUCCAGACAGUCUAGCGCUCGAUUAGCAGGCGAUCUGCUGGCUCACCAAUGGCACAAGAUCAUCGAGUCAUAUUCCCGCCUCCAUUUGUCGUUCCCGGGGGACAAAUUUCCUGCUCUAUCUGGGCUCGCCCAACAGAUGAGCAAGAGGCGAGGGCAUGAUGUGCGGUACCUAGCCGGCCUUUGGAGUGACUCCCUCCUGACAGAUUUACUAUGGACUGCGACGUACAGGUAUGUGUGGGGUUUGCACUCAAUUGAUCGUAUCCUACGAGGCAAGCACGAGUGGCGAGCACCCAGCUGGUCCUGGGCUGCUCGUGACGUGCCUGUUAUUUUCCCCCGAAUGGGGGCGGAAAGGAAUGGGUCUACCUGUGAGGCUAACGCACUGUGCAACAUCAUCGGCGCGGAGACUACGCUGGCUACUACGGAUAAAACAGGUCGUAUUUCUGGCGGGCGGCUGGUUGUCCGAGGUAGAUUGUUUGAUGCCAGUCUAUACCGGGACAUUGAACCGUCUGUUUCAAGGGGCGGAUCGGCGGAAACCAAGGCUACCAUCACAUUGAGCGUUCAGGUUCCCGUGAACCUGACAGGCGGCGUCAAGACUUUCAUCUCAUUUGCCUUCGAUCGCGGAACCUGCGUCUACUUCAUGACUCAGGCCGACGCCCAAGGGCUCAAAAACUCGAAGCCUGAUGAACUGGGGAUUUUGGUUAAGGAGGGAUUCAAUCCUGACCCGAUGGCCGAGCUUUUUUCCAUGAAGAGGACUGAUAGUAGGGAAUAUAUGGGGAGUGAUAUCAAGGUAAUGAGGAUAGGAAGGGUGGGGAGGAGGAUGCCUGCUCCUGAUGACAAGAAAUGGUUGGAGGAUAUGGAGUAUGCAUUGGUUUUGCAAGGCAUUGACACUGAACCGACGGACCCUGACGGUGCUGAGGCGGCAAGGACCUACAGGCGGAUCGGCAUCAUUCAUCAAGGUCGUGAGGGUUAUAAGGGGGUGGAGGAUGAGAGGGAGGAUUUCUGGAAGCGUUAUCCGAGUUGCUUCGAGGAGGGCGGGAGAGAGGAGACAAUCACUCUUGUCUAGACUGGUACAGCGCCGCAGCAGAAUG